UAAUAACUGUAAUACACACAAUGAUUAUUUUAUUUAUAAACUAGUGAAGGUAUAAAAAUGUGAAAUAUACAAAUAUGAAACUAGCUGCUGUCGUCUUUAUUGAGCACUGACUGCGCUGACAUGAGCAUUGCUGCAUGAAGGGUGCUCAUCUUGAGUAAGGCUGGCACUUGUUCGUUCGUUUGUUUAAAGUGUUGAUCUAAUUCCUGUAUAUUUUUUGUCAAUUUAUUCAGUUCAUAAUGUAAUUGAGCAUAUUUCAUCGGCUUGUUCGAUCUUGAUUUAGAAUCACUCUCAGACAUGUGUAUAAUAUAAAAAAAGGAAGGGCGCUUGCAUUUUUCUUUUUCUCUUUUUAUUAUUUAUCAAAUAAUGGCUUCAAUAAGAGCCCCAAUAAAGAGUUUAUCAGAAAACCAACGUCGAUGGCGAGAAAGAAUACGACAAGAGAAUAGUGAGAGAAUAAAACUAAUACGACAAGAAAAGAUAAACAAGUUUAGGGAAGACAAGUUGGCACAGUAUCAGAUAUGCAAUGAAAUUGAUGCCUUUAAUAAAGCUAAUGAAGAAACUCUAAGAAUGCAAGGAACAUUUGACGUGGAUCAACUCAUAGAAGAAAGCAUAAUGCAAGAGUAUGAGCUUGAAGAAUACCUGCAGCAGGAACAAGUUGAAUGUUGUGUUAAUUGUCAGAAUGAAGUUCUGACAUAUCAACAAGCAGAUAUGCUUUCAUGCUCCAAUUGUGGUUUUUAUACUACCAAAGACUGCUUUGAAAAGACUAUACUUCCAUUACUGCAUCGCCAUGCCCUUGACUGUCAAGGGAAGAUUGGAUUCUGUUUAGAACCUGGUACAGAUAAUACCUUAUUUGCCAACUGUGACAUUUGCGAUCUCUGGGACAUUUUGUACAUGUAAAAAAUUCACGUAUUGUGUAUAUAGAUAUAAUGCUUGUAGAUACUAUGCGGCUGGUAUAUUUUGUGCGUUAUCGAAAAAUAG